AUGGCACUGAAAGAGUUUAUCAAGGGGUCGUUCGACGCCAAUUGGGAGUGGCUGGUCCGUUAUGUUGACGGGCUGACCCAGGAGGAGAUCGAGUUCGUUCCCAACGAGCAGUGCCACUCAAUCGGGUUCAUCGUGUGGCAUUAUGGGCGGGCGUUAGACAUGUGGGUCCAGUCGCUGGCGAAGCAAGAGCCACAGCUCUACGAACGGGAGUGGGCGGAGCGUCUCGGCUUCGCGCCGGAGCCGAUGAACGUAGGGUUCGGCUACAGCGUCGAGGACCUGGUCAGUUGGCAUUGUCCCGGGAAGGCCCUGUUGAUGGAGUACGCCGAUGUGGCCCGCAACAACCUGCUCGAUUUUCUGAGCGGGCACGACGACGACACGCUGGUGAGCACCCAGAUGACCAACCGCCGGGGCGAGGGCAUGGCGGUGGCGGACAUGUUCCGCCUGCUCAUCUGGGAGGUGAACCAGCACGGCGGCCAGGCCGGCUACCUGCGAGGGAUGCAGCGCGGCCUGAACCAGUAG